AUUAAAGGCCUCUUGCCAUGUCGCAAGUUCUGUUCGCAGUGAAUGAUAUGGCAGUGCUCGACGCAGACGCAGACCCUGCCGCACACGCACAUACAUAUGCACAUAUACUAUGCGUCCGGCCUGCCGCCCUUCUGAUCGGGCGGGCUGCAAUACUGGUGCGAUGCUGGACCAGUUAACGUACGUGGGUGGAUGCGUGAUGGGACAGUGUUCAAGGCAGGUUGGUGAAGUCCCGCAGGGUGCAGCUAAUGCCCAGACCCCAGAAGAUGUCAAACAGUUUGCGCGGCUGGUCGAACGCCGGAGUUACUGGACCAGGACCGUGGCGCACAUGAUCAAGAACCCUCGCGCCAAGGCCUCCCGCGCCGCCGCCAACCUGACCGCGGAGCGGCACUGGGCCAUGACGGGGAAACCCUCGCGCCCGUCAGCGCAACAGGCCACAAGCCAGCAGCUCCACGCUCACGAGGCCAAGCUGCUCGUGCUGGAGGUCAAGGUGGAGGAGGGCACGAAGAUCUUGCUGGGCGCCGACUUCAAGGUCCUGCAGAACGACUUCAAGGUCCUGCAGAACACUCUGGACACCAAGCUGGUGAUGUUUUCGGCGGAGCUCAAGGACAUGAAGAAGUUCUUGAAGGAGGACCCGGCCUGCAAGUGUGGCACCAAGGCCGCCAGGUGCAGGCAUGGCAUGUGCGGUGCGUGCUGCGAGUGGGAGCACCGGCGCAAGUAGUGCGCAACCAUGUGUGUGAACUGCUGUCGUUUUGACUUUUGAGGGCGAGGCACAUUUGCUGACUCGGAUGCGACAUUGCUCUGCUGACGGCGGCCGUUUAGGCCGUUGUUUUCAGGGCGCUCGGAUGCGACCUGGCUGCCGUGCAAGCGAGCGGAGUACCGGGGAAGCCACUCGGGCCUGGUUGCCCUCGCGCCCAUGCACCCACUGCAUGGUGCACUGUGCCAUUCCUCACGCGUUGCCGGUGCUGGAUUGGGAACUUGCCGGUGCUCACUUGUGUGCUGGCGCAGCCCUUGUUCUCCUUCGGCCUGCAGGCCAUUUGCGUGUCGGACUCACACUGAGCCGUGCUCAGCCAUAUAACCUGAUUGGAGUAGCCCAGCGACUGGCCCAGCUUGCCACAGGCACGCGGCAUCCGUGCCUUCCGCUCGCGGCUCUUGGAGGUGCUAAAGCGCUGCGGGGUACGUUGGCUAAUGGUGAAUGCCAGUAAGUGCUGGCGGUCUGUGGACGGCUGGGCUUGGGCUGGGUUGUGCUCCAUGUUAGGUGUACGACCGUUGGGCUGUGGUUCAGUGUCAAGGACAUGCGCUGAAAUGCGAGUGCGCGGAGCAAGGUAGUCGAGACUCGAGACGUCGUGAGACGCGGUGCUGCCGGCCUGCCAGUUCAACGUCUGGACCUUGUUAACUCCGUAAUACCCACCUCGA